AUGAAUUCUGUACGGUUGCUAGCAUUAACAUUACCCAUUAUAACAAUUCUGCUAAUAUUUGUAAAUGCAACUCCAGCCUAUCUUCCAGGGGAACGAAGUGGUCAUACUGCAUGCUUGGUAGACAGUAAACUAUACUUUCUAGGUGGCAAAAACAAAUAUGGCCAACUAACAAACGAUUUUUUUUACCUUGAUGUUUCAAAACCAUUUUUAAUUUCAAAUUUUACUUUUCUCCCUUUUCAUGACCUUUCUUACCUUUCUUCAAUUCUUCCUCCACACCAAAGAGGUACUGCCUCUCUGUGUGAUAUGUCUAUUUAUUUCUUUGGGGGUGAACGUGAUCAUUCAACAAAACAAAUUUCGUUAAUUUAUGCUUUCAAUGCUGUCACUCAACAAUGGUCUCAUCCAAAAAUCAAGGGUAAUGAGCCAAACAUAAGAAAACAAUUGGCCUCAACUUGCGAUUCCAAAGGACAGAUGUACCUAUAUGCUGGAUUAAAUGAUAUUGAUAUGGGAUCACCGUUGAAAAUUUAUAAUAAUAUUGAUAUCUUAGAUACUGUAAAUUUGAUUUGGAAUACUUCUACUGAAAAUGUCUUUGCACUUUCUCCCGAAUUUAACAAUGGAUUUUCUGCUACCAUGUUGGAGAAUGGUAUAAUUGUUUACAUUGGUGGAUGGAAUAAUGAUGGAUAUCACGAUAUGAGUAAGAUCAUGCUAUAUAAUACAAAUACAGCUUCAUGGUCUUUUAUGAAAGCAAAUGGUCAAAUUCCUGGAAAACGUGCUAUGCAUACAUCAGUUCUUACUAAGGACGAUCGAAUUCUAAUUUGGGGUGGUGAAAAUGGCGGAUUGCCGGCAGAACCUCAAUUAGCGGUAUUGGACACGCAAUUCAGAUGGUCGAUCCCUGACGUAACUGGUGUAAAGAAUUCAAUUGAGAGCUUACCUUAUUAUGCUCAUACUGCUUCUAUGAUUGACGAUUACAUGAUUAUUGCUUUUGGCUUAACAUAUGAUAAUUUACAUAAUUUGGAAAUUCCUAGCAAUCUUAUAUUUUUGUUAUACACACCAAAUAAAUAUCAUUAUGAAUGGAUUUCUGUUUUUAUUCCAUCUAUUCUUCCUGAUAAUGCCUCAGCAUACUUUGAUCUUCCAGAGGCACCACCUCCAAUUUCACCAGAUGAUCCAAUAGACAGACCUAUAAUUGCGACUGACAUAUUGAUUGUUAUAAUAUUAUUAGUUGGUGCAAUUAUUGGAUUUGCUGGAUGGCAUUUAUACAAAUAUUACACCGAAAAUAGAGGUAGAGCUGGGUAUUCUUUGUUACCAACUAAUGAUUUUUGGACUAAUGGGUUUUGGGAUGGUGAAUAA